AAACAUUGAAAUAUUCAAAUUGGAUUCGCUCCUUACUUUAAGUUUAGCUCCACAAUGAAACUUGAGAAGAAAUUCAAGGGAACUGCUGUAUUUUAAUCAGUCCUGAUAUCGGUAGGCAUUGGAGUAACCUUCAAGUAGUAGCUAACAAUAAAAUAAUCAGCAACGUUUGAGUUUGAGGUUGUUAUGAAUUAGGUGAUGCACGCUUGUCGAUUCCAUUACGGAUUUGCAAGAAAAAGGUUAAGUUCCACUCGCCAAGUACGGUCAACGUGUCAAAUAUCUGCUAGUCGUCAACCUGUUUGAUAAAAGAUCUGAAAGAAUCAGUAUGGAAGGGCAAAGGCCCAGUGUUGGUAAUGGUAUCAUUGGGAGAUGGAAGACUGCUUGGGCUUCAAGAAACAGCGUGAAAACUUUUACAAUAGCAGCUUUCUUUGCCGUCGCUUUCUCUCUUUUCAUACUGAGUGGAAGGCAAAGGAAUCUCGGUGGAUCCGGUACUUGUGAUUUUCCUGCUGUAUUCAACUUUGGGGAUUCCAAUUCUGAUACGGGUGGAAAGUCUGCUGCUUUCCACCGAAUUCCUUUGCCUAAUGGCAAUACUUUCUUCCAAAAGCCAUCUGGGAGAUAUUGCAAUGGAGAACUUAUUAUUGAUUUUAUAGCUGAGAAACUGGGACUGCCACAUUUGAGUGCGUAUCUGGACUCAAUUGGUACAAAUUUUCGACAUGGAGCUAAUUUUGCUACGGGAGGGUCUACAAUUCAACGACUUGAUGCUAGAAUGUUUAAGAUAGGGUAUAGCCCCAUCUCUCUUGACAUACAACUAUCACAGUUUGAACAGUUCAAAGAGCGAAUAAAUGAGCUAUAUAAAGAAGGUGUGAAUUCAAACAUUAAAAGCAAGCUUCCAAGACCAGAGGACUUCUCACAAGCACUUUACACAUUUGAUAUUGGGCAAAAUGAUCUUGAUUGUGCAUUCAAGUCAAUGACAGAGAAACAGGCUAUAGAAUCAGUUCCAGGAAUUAUUAACCAGUUUGCUCAGGCUGUUAAGCGGCUACAUAAUCAAGGGGCAAGAACAUUUUGGAUACACAACACAGGUCCAAUAGGCUGUUUGCCCUUUGAGGUUCUGGAUUAUCCUCAGCAACAUGAAAAUGUGGAUCAAAAUGGUUGCUUAAGGUCUCUUAAUGAGAUUGCUCAUGAAUUUAACAGGCAGCUUAAAGAUAGUGUUAUCCAACUUAGGCUGCAAUUCCCAGAUGCAGCACUGACUUAUGUUGAUAUUUACUCGGCUAAAUAUUCUUUAAUUUCUCAUGCAAAGCACCAUGGAUUUACAAACCCCCUUGGAUAUUGCUGUGGGCAUCACCGGGAUAAUCUGUGCUGGAGGAAGAAAACAUCAAAUGGAACUGAAAUUUCAGCGACUCCAUGCAGCAACCCUUCAGCUUAUAUAAGUUGGGAUGGCAUUCAUUAUUCCCAUGCUGCAAAUUUGUGGGUAGCUAACAAGGUUCUUGAUGGAUUGGUUUCAGACCCUCCAACUCCCAUUACUGAAGCAUGCCACAGGUCUCUUAAUUUGUAAUUUGUAAGCCCAAUGCAGCAGUUUAGGUCUCAAUAACCUGCAAUAUGGAAGUUACCAACUGUUGAAUGAUGGCCAACUAUGCUGGUUCAUUUAGUUCCAUUGUAAUUCAGUUCUAAACCAAUGUAUUUUGGUUAUGCACUGAUAUGUUAGGUGCUGAUUGACAUGUUUUAGUUUAUGUACAAGUUAUGUUUUUUAAGUUUCAAGAUAGUUAGUGGUAGUGGUUAAGUAUUUGGUAGUUUUUUUUACUUUAAGAUGUAAUGUUUUCUGAUGAAAGAUGUGUGAGCUUCUUUGCAUCUGUUUA